GUUGUGUUUUGUGCUGUUUCUCAUGUGCGUCAAAAGAUGGUGAUGGAUUUGGUCGAGCAGUGCUCCAGGAUACAGAUGCUGAGGGCAUCUGACAAUCUGCUGAUGACCGACAUAGCUUCAGUGACAGUAUCUCGUCUACAGCACCUCCGUGUGCUGCGUCUGCAAGAGAGACAUGUGUUAAAUACUCGUGUCAUGCGCCCCUUUGUGCUGCGACCUUUGGCUGACGGGUGCCCCCAACUAGUAGAGAUUGACUUCGGGCAUUUGUCUGUCAAUAUGGAUGAUCUGAAGUAUUUUCUGAAUGCCAAGAAGAACGCCCUCAAGUCCUUACGAAUAAAGUGGUCAAUGGAUGGAAUGAGGAAUGGAGGACUACAAGAACUGAAAGUGCUGAGUCUGCCGUAUGGAUAUGGCGUGGAAGAUAACACAGUAAUUGCCAACAGCCACGGAUGUCCCUCUUUGCUGCAGCUCUCCAUCACUCACUCUAGGAAGCUGUCGCCUGCUGCCUUCUCGGAGAUCGACCGUCUGGAACAUCUCGAAGUGGAGCUGAGUGUCGAAGGGUGCCAAGGUGACCCCAAAGCCACAGACAGGCUGACCGAGCAGAUGCCUAAUCUCGUAAUUCGUGGCAACAUCCAUGCUAGACUACAGAUUUUCUGCUUUGGGGCACCUGAAGACAACAGGGUCAAUGCAGACGAACAUUCGGAGAGUGACGAAGACAGCGACAGUGAUAGUAGCGUCGGCGGCAGUGGCAGUGAGAGAGGGUGAGAGAGGUGUAUCUGUGUGUAUAAAAGUGUUGUGGAAUUUAUAGGAAAGUACAAUUGUCAGUACUGAUUACAUUCCUUGUCAACAUAAGCAGAAACUGUUUUGAAGGAAUAUAACAAGUAAUUUUGGAAAUGUAUAGAAGAAACUGUAAUGUUGUUUGAAUACUUGCAGCAAUAAUCUACAGUUACGUUUGAUUCUUGUUGUAACAGCAAUGGAUUUGCAAUGACACAAUUUCUUUAAAUUAUAAAAUGGCAACACAGAUCAGGUAGCAAUUUGUAAAUAGCACUGACAACGUUUUUUUGCAGUGAGUCAAAUUUAAAAACUUCUGUAUUAUUAUGAACCUGUGAAACAAUAA